AUGAAUUUAAAUGGGACUACCAUCAAUAGGCUUCUUUUUAGAGCUGAAAAGGUAUACAGAAAAGAAGAACCGUCUCUCAAAACGGGCAUCCACAAACACCCUACCUUUGACACCUGGUUCUUGGUAACGCAACGCUCGACCUAUGUCAUUGGCGCUACGGCAGAUGGCUACCUUGUCAACCUGCACUGGGGAAACCGGCUGGAGCGACUGGACGACUUGAACGCUACCAUGCAAGAUGUUUUCUUUUCCCAAAACCCGCCCCCAACUUAUGCUACUGAAGAACUCCCCGUUUUUGGUGGUCUGCGUUUCCGCGACAACGUUCUCAAGGCCGAACUUCCAGAUGGCACGCGUGAGCUAAACUUGUUGUUUGCUGGCAACGCAAACAUCACGGAGGGCUACAUUCUUGAUGUGGAUCUGCGUGAUGGAUAUCGCACCGAGCUUCUUGUUACUCUUCAUUAUGAACUUGAUAUUGAAAACGAUAUCAUUCGACGAUCGUACACCAUUCGCAACGGCCUAGAUAAGCGUAUUAACCUUUCAAAGGCGUUCUCGGCUGCAUGGCAUCUGCCCACAGCGCUCGGAUCUGAUGAAAAGCGCGAAAUUCUGACUUUGGCAGGCGAAUGGGCUGCUGAAGCUAUGGUUGAGUCGACCGAGCUUCGACCUGGCGUUACUCAUGUCGUUCAAAGCCAACGCGGUUUCCCGUCACACGUAUCGUAUCCUUACUUUGCUAUCCGUCAAGUCCCAUCUGAUGUCAACCCAUCAACCGAGGUCUACUUUGGCGCCAUAGGAUGGUCAGGAAGCUGGGAAAUCACAGCCCACACUUCGCUUUUUGGUACCACGCGCGUUGUUGGUGGCAUGCAUCACCAAGACUUUGGCUGGACCUUGGAGCCCAACGAGUCAUUCACAACCCCUAUCUUUGUUGCUGGCUUUACGAGUGAAGGUAUGCCCGGAGCUCGCAAACUGUUACCACGUCAUGUUCGCAAAUAUCAGCAAAAGAACCUCGAAACACAAAAGGAUAGCAACGUUUUCCACCCUGUGUUGUACAAUUCUUGGGAAGCCGUGACAUUUAAUGUCACUGCUGAGAAGCAGCUGGAACUUGCAGAAAUUGCAGCCCCUUUGGGUAUUGAGCUCUUUGUCAUUGACGAUGGCUGGUUUGGCGACCGUAACAACGAUUCGGCAGGUCUGGGCGACUGGUACGUCAACGAGGAGAAAUUCCCGAAUGGUUUGAAGCCGGUCGCAGACCGCGUUCAUGAAUUGGGCAUGAAGUUCGGGCUGUGGUUCGAAAGUGAAGGCGUUAACCCUAAUUCGGAUUUGUACCGUGAACAUCCUGACUGGGUGUUUUACUAUGAGGGCAUCCCGAGAUAUGAAGCAAGAAGUCAACUGGUCUUGAAUCUCGCUUUGCCUGAAGUCAGAGAAUAUGUGUACGAUAGAAUGGCUACCUUGAUUGCCGAGAACGAUAUCGACUAUAUCAAAUGGGAUAUGAACAGACCUUGGGGUGAAGUGACCAUGCAUGACUAUGACCGCAAUCCACGCGAGGCCUGGGUUCUUUCCAUUCGAGAAGGUUUCUACUAUAUCGUCGACAAGCUCAAGGCGGAGUUCCCAAAGCUGUGGAUCGAAAGCUGUGCUAGUGGAGGUGGCCGUAUGGACAUUGGUGUGGUGGAAAAGACGGAUCAAGUAUGGACAAGUGACAAUACCAGACCUGAUGCCCGCAUCAUGAUCCAAUAUGGCGCAUCCCUCUUCUUGCCUCCGCGUGUCAUGUAUGGCUGGGUGACUAAUUCCCCAUGGGAUGAGGGUAUCCACAUUCCUCUUUCCUUCCGUUUCCAUGUAUCAUUCCAAGGUGGACUGGGUAUUGGCUCCAAUAUCCAUGAAUAUACCGAGGACGAGCUCGAGGAGUCAGCUGGCUGGAUAGAGCUUUACAAAAAAAUCCGUCCCGUUAUCCAAAAUGGCGAUCUCGAUUGGUUGGUCCAACCAAGUCGCAUGUCAGAACUGGUUGCUGUAAGCCAAACUACAUCCCACGAUCAGUCUGAGGCCGUUGUCCUUGGCUACCGUUUCAACAGUCCUUUCUCAACGCCUCUCAAUUGGAUCCGUUUGCGUAACCUGGACAAGUCCGCUAGAUAUUCCGUAAAGGUGUGGACAUCGAGUCCACAUGAUGUCGACGAAGAAUACGAAAUGUCUGGUGCCUUGCUCAUGCACAAGGGUAUUUUGUUGACCUCUUUAAAUAAUGCUCAAUUCAAGAGUGCCGUUGUCUGGCUCAAACGCAAUUAA